AUGGGUCGACCAAAAACUAUUUCUACGACCAAUGAGGAAAGAAAAAAACGCAAAAGAGAACUAGAACAAAAGAGAUACCAGAAAAUUAAGGGAGAUCUAGUAUUAUACGCUCAAUAUCAACUAAAAAAUAAAGCUAAAUAUGAGAAAAGGAAAGCACAGAAGAAAGUGAUUUCUAUUAAAGAGAUGACAUCUAGAGCCACGACAGCGCAAAAAAAACGGCGUGACGCCUUCAAUGCCUAUUAUAAAAGAAAGAAAGAUGCAAAAGCCGCUGCAAUGAGAUUUGUGGAGUUACAUAGUCCCCCAGACAGUGAGGCUGAAGAGAAUAACGAGCGUAGAAUAGAAUCGAUUAUAGUAAAUAGGGACUCUCCUUCUCCUUCAAUUCUCGCCUCUUCUUCAUUGUUACCGAUUAUGCGAGACAAUAAAGAAAAUACUGAUCCCAAUCCAAGAAUCACAAGAUCGCAGGGAAGUCCCCUUUCUGGUUGUACAUCACAGGUUUCAGAAACAUCUUCAGUUCUCAGCAGAGAAAUUUCCCCUUUCCAAUCAAUCAGAAGAUUAAGACACAAAAAGGACAAAAAAAUUAAAGAACUCACAAGACAAUUGGAAGGAGUUAAGAAAGUAAAUGAAGUUUGCCGGAAGAAAUUAAAAAGACUGAAUGAGGCAAAAAAAGAAAGCAGUGUAGAUAUUAUGAAUGACAAAUUGCUACAGUCAUAUACAGCUCUGAAAACUCACAAAGCCAAGCAAGAGUUUGCAAGGAAUCUUCAAGUGAAUAUAAAAACUACAUUAAAAGACAAAGGAUGGUUAGGAAAAUUGACUAAUAUUUUUAGAAGGAGGGUGAGCGAGCAGAAAGGAUCUAAAGUUAAUAAAAUACGAGAGGAUAUUAAGAGAUUCCUUGAAGAAGACGAAAACAGCUCUGUUACUGCUGGGAAAAAAGAAACUAUAAAGAAAGCUGGUGUAACAAAACAGAGACGCUACUCUGGCCUCAUUGACUACACUGAGUCAGGUCAUGGCAAGGGGGCACCCGACGGUGUUGGAGGGACGUUGAAACGCACUGCUGAUGCAAUUGUUUCCCGUGGCCACGAUAUUCCCGAUUUCGACAGUUUUCUCGAUGAAUUAAAAAGUAAGGUGAAAAAUAUCGUAAUUAAAGUAGUAUCGGGUUACGAUAAUGUAGAAAAAGAUAUACUGUUACCUACUGAUCUCCGUCCUUUCAAAGGGACCCAACAAGUUCACCAAGUUAUUUGGAAUGACAGCGAUAAGUAUCAGGUGACAAUGCGAAACCUAAGUUGUGUUGAAAAAGCUUGUAUUAUUCAGCCUCGCUGCGGUAAUCACGUCAAAUAUCUUGGCUUACAUGUCCUUAGGCCCGAUAUUUUGUCUAGCUCUGCCGAUUCAGACCCAGCUGAUGAGAUAGAGAAUACUGAUCAAUCAAAUAUAUUUUCUUCUGUAGUUCCUUUACACAGAUCUUACGCAUUUUGUGUUACGAGUGAAAACAAUCCACCGGAAGAACUUAGGUCUGAAAUUGUGAGUGAGGCAUCAGAUGUGAGAUCUGAAUUCGCUGAAUUAUGUUUUUCAGAGGAAAUGAUCAAUGUUCAGAAUUUGAUGACUGUGGAUUCCAUUAAUUUACCGGAGGCUGACAAUGGAUUGCACUUGACGAACCUCUUGCUCAGCAAUCUUCCUCGGAUUUGA